AUGCCAAACACAUUAGAUCAUUCUUAUUUAUCAAAAUCAGUCUGGAAACCAGAUUUAUUCAAGGGUAAAGUUGCUUUUGUUACAGGUGGUGCUGGUACUAUAUGUAGAGUUCAAACAGAAGCUUUAGUUUUAUUAGGUGCAAAUGCCGUAAUAUUAGGUAGAAAUGUUGAAAAAACUGAAAAAGCAGCAAAAGAAAUUGAAUCAUUAAGACCCGGUGCUAAAGUUUUAGGUCUUGGUAAUGUUGAUGUUCGUAAAAUUCAAAGUUUGAAAGAGGCAGUUGACACAACUGUUGAAAAAUUGGGUAGAAUCGAUUAUGUUAUAGCUGGAGCUGCUGGUAAUUUUUUAGCUGAUUUUAAUCAUUUAUCUUCUAAUGCUUUUAAAACAGUUAUUGAUAUUGAUUUAUUGGGCUCUUUUAAUACCGUUAAAGUUUGUUUUGAUCAAUUGAGAAAAAACAAAGGUAGUGUUAUAUUUGUUUCUGCAACUUUGCAUUAUACUGGUUUACCAUUCCAAGUUCAUGUUAGUGCAGCAAAAGCUGGUGUUGAUGCUUUAAUGAAUGCAUUAGCUAUUGAAUUGGGUCCUUUAGGAAUUAGACUGAAUUGUAUUGCUCCGGGUUUAAUUGGAGGAACAGAAGAUAUGUAUAAGAAACUAUUCACUUAAAGUAUAAUUACUAACUUUAUUUUAAGGGGUGCUAGAUUAAAUCCACCAACUGAAAUUCCUUUGGAGAAUAAGAUUCCAGUUGGUAGAAUUGGUACAACAAAAGAUAUUGCUGAUUCAACUGUUUAUUUGUUUAGUGAUGCUGCUUCUUAUGUUACUGGAACUAUACAAGUUGUUGAUGGUGGUCUUUGGCAAGUUGGUGGCAUGUUGGGUGAAUUAUAUCCAAGUAUUGUUAAGAUUCAAAAUGAGGAUCCUGAGAGUAAAUUAUAA